AUGGCUGCCAGCGGGCGGGGGAUUUUUUCCUUAUAUGGCAUCCAGAACUUUAAACGUGAACUGAAGCAGCUGAGACGAAGGUACUAUGCUAGUUCACCCACAGAGAGGAUUGGACUUACACAGCUCAGAGAUACAGUUCGGUCACAUCUGACAUCAUUACGGAAAGCCGAAAACAGCAGAAGAAAGACACGGGAACGAGCAAAGAAGAGGACAGCCUUCACAGCCAACCCAUACAAUUUCGGCAGAUCUCUUCUCGACAAAGAAAGGUCAGGAAAGUUGGAAACUCCACUAGAAGAAGACGUGCUAGGAGACUGCGACCGAAUAGAUCCAGCGAACGAACCCGAAAAACAGCAGAAUGCGACGGAACCAACGCUAGGCGAGGUGAAGGAAGCUGUGAAAAAGGCCAGAGCUGCCUCAGCGCCAGGACCCAAUGCCUUCCCGUACAAAGUGUACAAGAUGUGCCCACUACUUCUCAAGCGUCUAUGGAGGCUUCUAAAAGUAGUCUGGAGGAAGGGGGAUGUUCCAGAGGCUUGGAAAAAGGCAGAGGGGAUAUUUACACCAAAGGAACGCAAUUACAAGACGGUCAACCAGUUCCGAACGAUCUCGUUGCUCAACGUCGAUGGGAAAAUAUUCUUCGCCAUCCUUGCAAGAAGACUUACAUCUUUCCUGACAGGCAACGCAUACAUUAACACUUCGGUCCAGAAGGGAGGAGUGCCCGGUUUCUCCGGCUGUAUAGAGCACACUAGUGCUAUCACACACCUAAUAAGUGAGGCAAAAAAAGGGAGGAAAGAUCUCACUGUAGUUUGGCUCGACUUGGCCAACGCAUACGGGUCCAUUCCACACCAGCUCAUCUAUACAGCGCUCCGACACUACCAUGUGGACGGCCAUAUACAGAAAAUCAUCACCAGUUACCUGGAUGGAAUCAAGCUCCAGUUUACUGUUGGUGACCAGCUAACCAGAUGGCAGAGGUUGGAGAAAGAAAUCGUUACUGGCUGCAUAGUUUCCGUGGUGCUCUUCAUCAUGGGGAUGAACCUGCUGAUAAAUGCUGCCCAACGAGAGACACGUAGACAAAAGACAGAGUCAGGAAUCUAUCUCCCAUCUAGCAGAGGCUUGAUGGAUGACCUCACAUUGACGACAACAACACAUGUCUAA